AUGGUAAGGACUAAAACAACCAAGAGGAAACAGCGACCGACUCCACGACAGCCACCACCACCGCCCCGGCCAGAUGAAAAUGAUGAAGAAGAAAAUGUUGAAGUCGAAGAAGAAGGAGCUGCUAAAGAAGCUGCUGAAGUCGAAUCAGAUGGAAGUGCAGAAGAAGAUGCUGAAGCUGAAGUAGAAGGAGCUGAACAAGGAGCAGCUCGAGGUCAAAGCAAGGCGAGGGCUAAGCUCACCGUGAAGAGACCACGACAAAAUCCAUCGCCGUCACCACCGCCACAGCUAGAGGAGGAUGAGGAAGAAGAAGAUGCUGAACUCGCAGCUCAAGUUCGUGCACAGGCCCGCGUUCCACAGGUCCACGUUCUAGGACAAAGCAAGCCGUGGUACAGAUUUCGGUGCCACACCAAAUCUCUGCUAGAUGUUAUAAAAUACUGGAAGGAAGAGCCAAGGUACUACGAAGCAUGCAAGAAGGAGUUGGAGAAGGCCGGAUUUGGAGGGCUAUUGGAGCUUCGUCUGGCAAAUGUUCCUAAGAAGUUGUUCGAUUCCUUGAUGGCACAGUUUGAUGUGCAGACCCAUUCAUUCAUUUUCGGUGAAGGGGAUAACAAGAAGGUGCUUACCAUCGAAGCUGAGGAUGUUGCCCGUGUAUAUGGGCUGCCUAUUGGUGGUGCUGAGAUUGAUGUCGUCAAGUCUAACGACAAGAUGCUUGAAAUGUUCAAGGAGGAGCUCAACAUGGAGUGUACUCGUAGUCGAAAUGUAGAAGUUAUGGAUCUUAGGGAGGAAGCAUAUGGUGGUCCAGAUGAUGCACCGAAAAGGAGACCACCUGUUUCAGCAGCGGUGAAGCAAUUUUUGUUGCUUGCUCUUGGUUCAAUGCUUGCCCCAAAGAUGUCCAGACUUUGUGAUCUCGAUUAUGCAGAGUACAUGGUUGGAAUGAUGGAGGACAUUGCCACUUUUAAUUGGAGUGGUUUUGUUGCUCGUAAUCUGAAGUUUGAGUUGGGUCGGGUUAAGGAAAAUGAAGCUGAUGCUAGGGCGCUUGGGAAACAGCAAUGGCCCCUCGGAGAUAUCCACUUCUUAAUGAUCCAUUUGCUAGACUUCCUUAAUGUGCGAGGGUUUGCCACCAAAACCAUCCCGACCUGCAGCUAUUGGUUCGACCCAAGGGUGGAUAAGGUGUGCUCAAAUAUCCCCAAGGUAGCUGACAAAUAUAUCAUGGGUCCCAUGUUAUUGUCAAGGGAAGAAGUGAGAUCCCGCUUCCGUCCAGAGCGUGUCAGGAGGGAUUGGGAAUCAGGAUCGAGCAGCUCGGCUCCUGCUACUGAUUGGUGGGCGGAUGUCGACUUGGAAUCCCUUGAGGACGCUGAGCUUAAGGCAUUGGAGUCAUUGACUGAAAAAAUGGUGGAUGUAUGGGAAACAAGGCGGGAUAGUAUCUGGCGAGUCGUCAUUAUGCGCCAUCAAGGAAACAAUUGA